GAAGAGACAAGGUGUGAGAGAAGGAGUAUUUUUCUCUCUCCGAUUCUUUCCCGCCUCUUUUGUUUACGUCGGCAACGCCAGCUGGAGUUUGCCUGCCACGUGCGUCCCUCUCGCCCGUGGUUUUUAUUGGGAUAGGAAAGAUGUUUAUGGUGGAGGGCCAGAGUAAUGCACGGGGCCUCAAUAGCAUAAGAAUGAGAAUACUACAGUUUCGUCGUGGUCGCCUCCUGAAGGGGCUGCUGGCGGCGACCGUGGCAGCAGUGGUGGUGAUACUGCUGGCCUCCCACGCCACAUCCCCGGGCAGCCACGCCUUCAGAUCAGCUGGUGCCCUUGUGAGCAAGUCAAAGCAGCGAGUGGUUUACCUAGGUGACAAACUAGGUAAUUUCGAGCCCCCAAGAGCACCACAGAAGGGAGGUCCUGGUGAGGGUGGGAAGGCACACCACCUCUCAGCCGCCAAGCAGAAUGAAGGCUCGCAGUCUGUCAGUGAAUAUGGGAUUAAUAUGGUGGUUUCUGAUGAGAUCGCUAUGGACAGGGACAUACCAGACACGAGGAAUCCUGAGUGUCCCCACUGGCAGUACCCAGAGGACCUGCCCACGACCUCUGUGGUAAUAGUCUUCCACAAUGAGGGCUUCUCCACCCUCAUGCGUACCGUUCACUCCGUCAUUGACCGCUCUCCACCGCAGUUCCUGAAGGAGGUGCUGCUGGUGGAUGACUUCAGCGACAAGGCUGCCCUGAAGGAGCCACUGGAGGACUACAUAUCAAGGUGGGGCAGCAAGGUACGGCUCAUCAGGAACAAGGAACGAGCCGGCCUGAUCCGCACUCGCACUACAGGAGCGGAGGAGGCCAAGGGGGAGGUGGUGCUCUUCCUCGAUGCACACUGUGAGGUGAACCGUAAUUGGCUGCCUCCCCUCCUGGCACCAAUAUACAGGGACAAAUACACCAUGACAGUGCCAGUGAUAGAUGGCGUUGACCACGACACGUUUGAGUACCGGCCUGUGUACGGCGCCGGCAGCAACUUCCGGGGCAUCUUUGAGUGGGGGAUGCUGUACAAGGAGACGGAACUGCCCCCGGAGAUUGAACGCUCCAGGGAACACCAGAGUGAACCUUACAAAGCCCCAACACAUGCCGGCGGUCUGUUUGCCAUCAACCGGGAGUACUUCCUGAGUCUGGGAGCCUACGACCCUGGCCUGCUGGUGUGGGGCGGUGAGAACUUUGAGCUUUCCUUCAAGGUGUGGCAGUGUGGCGGCAGCAUUGAGUGGGUGCCGUGCUCCCGAGUGGGCCACGUCUACCGAGGUUUCAUGCCUUACAACUUCGGCAAGCUGGCGGAGAAGAAGAAGGGUCCUCUCAUCACCAUUAAUUACAAGCGUGUUAUUGAGACUUGGUUUGACGACAAGUACAAGGAGUAUUUCUACACCAGGGAGCCUCUUGCCAGGUUCCUGGACAUGGGCGACAUAAGCAAGCAGCUGGAACUGAAAGAGCGGCUGAACUGCAAGAGUUUCCACUGGUUCAUGGAGAAUGUGGCCUACGACAUGCUGAGGAAGUACCCAGAGCUGCCCAAGAACAUCCACUGGGGCGAGUUACGCAGCGCCGCCACCUCACGCUGCCUGGACACAAUGGGACACUCGGCUCCAAGCUUCAUGGGGGUGGCACACUGUCAUGGCUUUGGCAACAACCAGCUGAUCAGACUGAACGCCGAGGGCCAGUUGGGUGUGGGGGAGCGCUGUAUUGACGCAGACGGUCAGGGCAUCAAAUUGAUAUUCUGCAGGCUGGGGACGGUGGACGGACCUUGGCAGUAUGAUGAGCAAAACCAUGUGAUGCUGCACAAGCGCAUCGGGAAGUGUGUGGCGCUGCAUCCCCAGACAUACCAGCUGUCCCUCAUGCCCUGCGACCCCAUCAACAACUACCAGAAGUGGACCUUUAACCAGUUCGUUCCAAAGUGGUAGUCAGUCUCUCACUAACCACUUCCUCUUCCUCCUCCUUGACUGUCUCCAGGGUCUAUUUAUGUAAGUCAGGACAAAUUAUCUCUGUUGUUGUUAUGUUGUUUAAUACUCAGAAACUGCAAUGUCAGAAAAUACAGCAGAUUACAAAGACAUCAGCUACUCAGCAACAAAAAGGCCCUCUAUUAUAUUAAAAAAGGCUUACUGUAUCUAUUUAUGGGAUAUGUUACGUUAGGUUCAAUUCACCAACAUUCCAGUUAAUAUUCUUGUUUACCCUUACAUGGCUGAAGAGGUUAUGAGUCAGAUUUUGAGGUCAUUGGCGAUCUCUUCCCUGCUACUCAUCCUGUCAUGUUUUGGGGCCAUAAGCAGCCUCUUCUCCAGCCUUCAUCCUUCUUACAUCUUCCUUCACACACUUUCUCCAGGUCUUUAGUCUCUUCAGUAGCCUCUUAUAAUAUAAUCAAAGGUAACCUAACUAAACAUGCCCUCAGAAGUGGCAGGGGUGGUUGGUGUUCCUGUGGUCUGCAGGAACUAUUGGCACAGCAGAGUUAGCUACUAGGGUGAAGCUAUUCAGUUUUUUCAAUUUACUGAUGCAGGAAGAAGUUGCUGAACCAUACAACCUGCCACACAGAGAGAAGAUACUGUGCAUAUACUGUGUAAUUUGCAGAAUAUUGUAAAAAUCUAGAUAAAAAAAUCUGGAAUGUGGUCAGGUAUUGUAAGAAUCUAGAUAACUCAGAAUUUAGUCCAAUGUCUGGUAAAUGGAAUCAUACUGAGACUCAAGGAUAACCAAGCAUAGUCAGCAAACACAGCAAUACAGCCAGAAAGCAAGACAAGCAGCCAUCACUCAUAACAGUCCGUAAUCUUCAGAAAUGUAGACUCAAAUUUCUGAUCUUACAUGUUUGAAGGCAGUAGAUAUACUCAUUGUGGCUGGAAACUUAGGAAAGGACCACUACUUAUUAUAUGACACAGUCUCUGGUAGAAAUAGUGAGACAGCUAAGUUUGGUGUAGCUGUUUCAGUCACAAGAACAUAAAUGUUAGUCUGGCAGUCAGGAAACACAGCAAUGGGCUAUGGCAUUUAAGCUGCAGUAGAAACCGUGAAGACUAUUGAUUCUUUGUAGAUGUAAACAAGGUGUAGAUUUCGUCUCAAGGCCACACAGCUUAUAUACAGCCAGUUUGUGUGCUUGUAAACACUGGUGGGUUGAAAGUUGUGCUUCUAUGUAAAUUCCACCAUUGAAAGUUCCUCCUUGAAAAUUCCUCUCUAAUUUUUCAUUGUUCUGUAUCUCAUUCAACAUAUUUAUUUUUCAUGGGGUCAGACAGCUUGUGUUUGGAGUAAAAGGAGUACACUUGAUAUCAGUGCAACUCCCCCAUAGAACUAUCAGUUAUCUUCACUAAACAAUUCUCUUCUUAGAUAAUUCCCCACAAGGUAGUCUAAACUAAUUGACCAUAGGGGAACACGUGCAUUAAGUAAACUGUGUAACCUAAUUUUGCACUCAGGAUGACGUGACUGAUUUUGCACAGAACCACAACCUAAACUUACAUACAUCAAGAAAACCACAACCUAAUUUAUCAAGGGAGAAAUCUGAUAGGAGGAAUAUUCAUUGGGGAGUUUACAUAACUUAAACCCUACAUUUUGCACUGACAGCAGACCUGAAGCAUUUACCUGCAUUUGUGUAAGAAAAGACAAGGCACUAGAGACCUUCAGCAGCAGAAUUUGUCUCUCUUAACACCAAUCUGUUGUAUAGUAAAUGAAAGCUGAACCCGCCUGCUAGAUAAAGUCAUGUUGAGUGUCUGCACAGCGAGGCGUUGAGGAGCUACACUCACAGGGGGCACAAAGACUACCAUUUCACCAGCAGCAGUUACCCUGUCUACCACGCUUUGGUGAUUGUGAUGCUCGAUGUUAUUAUGUGUGUGUGGAUAAGGGUAUGCAGGUGUAUGUGCUUGUAUGUGUGUGUGUGUGUGUGUGUGUGUGUGUGGACAUGAGGGAAGCUGGAAAAACUCAUCAGGCCUAUAUGUGGCUGAGUUUUUUGUUUGUGUGUGUGUUGUGUUAGCACCACAUUGCACAAAGAAUAAAGGAGGAACUGGGUUGUGAAUCCUCGCAUCGCUGUUUAGAGAAGUUGUUAAUAUUGUUACUGCUGUGUCUAGGUGGAGGUUACAGGCAUUCCAUGACCCUGCAUAUGUGUGUGUGUGCUUGUGUGUGUGUGUGUGUAUGGCUAUAUCACUUGUUCCUCUGUGUUAUAUCUUUGAAUCCACUGGAUUUUUAUAACCAGUUUAUAGGACGAGAAUUACAACUACUACAUACAUCCAUAUAACUUAUUGAUUAAUAUACUGAUUAUUUGUGUCUGCAAGCUCCUGUUGAUGUGGAUCAUAAGUGCCACGUACAGCAGCAUUGGCAUGAGUGACAUAUCAGGUUCUGUGUGGAUUACAGAAGGCAUUGUGUGUCUGAUGAAAGGGUAGUGUUAAGGUGAAACGUGGCUCAUAGGUUUUCCAAUAAACACAGGUUGUUUUGACUCUUUGGGGACCUUGAUGUUUUGAUUGAUGCUGUGUGUGUGUGUGGGUUGUAGGAUGACAUACAGCAGGUAUCCUAAAAUGAUGCAGGUUGUCAUGACUCUUUAGGAACUUAGAUGAUGAUUUUUAUUGAUGCAGUGUGUGGGGCUGCGGGGAUGUGCAGCAGGGAUCUUAACAUUACACAGGUUGUCAUGAUCUUUUGAGACAAUUCAUCUCGGUGAUUUAAUAUUUUUUUUCUGGUAGAUGAAUGUAUUGGGGGACAAACUGAUUGUGUCUAUAAGCACAAAGUUUGUAUGUGAUGUUGUGCUGCAAGGUGAGUGGGUGCUUUAAUAGUUGAUUAUGGACAUUUGAAAAUGCAGAGAGCUGCUGAUUGACGGCAACUGAUAAAAACACAACUGUGAAGUGACUUAAUUCUCCCUAAGCCAAGUGCAUUCUGUGGCUUAAUGUUAGUUUGUACUCUGGUGUUGGAAUCAUUUGUUUUCCUACAUGAGGUGUGAUCUGUACUGGAAUAAAUGGAGUGUUAUUUAACUUGUAAUGUGUACUUCUGUCCUCUGCUACUCUUAUUGCCAUUUCAAGGUAUCCUCUUUACCAUUGUGCUUUUAAUGCAGUGUUCAGUCUAUUUCAGGUGCAUUAGACUGCUGUGGGUGUUUCUGCUCCCAGUCACUGAUGGAGUCUCAGUCCAAUGUAGUUAUGGUCAAAAGUCUUGUAACAUGCUCCAGUGAACAGUCAGGAUCAAAGUUGUGUAUCCUUUUGCAUUCAGUUCCAUUGCGCUUUGUUUCCCCUCAAUAAGUCCUUGGAUCUGCUGACACACUUCUCAAUCCUGACAACUGAGAGGCUCUAAGCAGAUCAUGGACUAAAAACUGAAGAAAAAACACAAAACACAGUAAAAGUGAAUAUAGAAAAUCAUAACUUCUAUCCACGACUAAAGUUGCAUCUUAACUCCUCAGAGAACCAGUCUUAGCAUCUUACUCCCCAGAGAACCAGCCAUACUUCACAAGGUGUCCCAUAUUCUACAGGUCUCUUAUAUCCCUGCAUGGAUCCACCAAAUGUCAGGGUAGUGAAAGACAGCUUACAAACAUCCAUGCAUUGGUAUGUAUUGUACAACUCGCAUACAAAAAUUUACACGGAGUUAAUAAUGACGAUGUAGUGAAGUGCAGUGGUUCCCAGACUUCUAACAUGCUGUCGUCGUCUUAGUUAUAAGAUCGUUGCCUCUCCUUUGUUAUAUCAUUUGUGGUACCGUAUGUUGCAGAUAUGCUCUAUUCAACUUCUACUUGGUAUGGAAAAUUACGGAAAGGAGCGACACGUUACCCUCUUUCUUUUUAAUUGUUUAUAUCAUACCUUUUUAUUUUUGUGAAGGAGCAGUAACAUAUCUGAUGAUGCUUGGAUUAUAUUAGAGAAAAACUGAAAGAAAGGUGCAGCAGUUUUAAAACAGACACAUCCCCUUCAUUUUUAACUUGCACCAUUAUAAAGUUGUGGAGUAAUUUUGUACUUCCUGGAUUAGAAUGAAAUGAAGGGAAGGUGCAGUGGUGAGUCUGGGAAACACGGCACUCAUAUAACACUUCUUGUAAAGACAAUUUGAACUAUGCACGUGUGUGUGUGUGUGUGUGUGUGUGUGUGUGUGUGUGUGUGUGUGUGUGUGUGUGUGUGUGUGUGUGUGUGUGUGUGUGUGUG